AUAAUAUUUUAACAAAUCAAAAUUCGUGAAGUUUUCAACUAGGAACAAGAUGGCGGAUGAAAACGAAGACCGUGAAAACGCGACAAAACCAGACAAAAUGUUUACCCUGAAGAAAUGGAAUUUGGUUGCAAUGUGGAGUUGGGAUGUUGAGUGUGACACGUGUGCUAUCUGCAGAGUACAAGUAAUGGAUGCCUGUUUGAGAUGUCAGUCAGAAAAUAAGCAGGAUGACUGUGUCGUGGUGUGGGGGAGGUGUAACCAUUCCUUUCACAACUGCUGUAUGUCUCUAUGGGUGAAGCAAAACAACAGGUGCCCACUAUGUCAACAAGAGUGGCUGGUGCAAAAGAUAGGCAAGUGAGGAGAGCUGGAGAAGGGAACACUGGGUGAAUGGAUUAAGGAACUCCAGAAGAUUUCGAGCGUAAAUGUCAGGCCGUGAGCAGAUGUUGAAAUGUUCAGGGUCCGAUUGCACCGGCAGGU